AUGUCUUUCAUGCAGCAAGCCCAGUCUCCAGUCGAUAGCGACUUAGGAAAACAAGCCGGCGCCGAAAGUCCCCAGGAACGAUUCUCUAGUGCUGACGAUGAUGUCGAGUCGGGCUUUGAGCCUGACGUAGCCAGUAUUGAGCGCAUCUAUAGAAAACUUGAUUAUCGCAUCAUUCCCGCCUUCUGGGUGCUCUAUUUCCUCUGUUCAGCCAUUCGUUCCAAUGUCGGACUGGCCCAGACCAUGAACGCGGACGUGGGUCAUGAUCUAGGGUCUGUUUUGCAUUUGACGCCGCACCAGAUCUCGACCGGUCUCGCCCUUUUCUAUGUCUGCUAUGUUGUCUUCGACUUGCCAUCCAACCUGAUCAUGACUCGGUUGAGCCCUCAUGUCUGGAUGAGUCGCAUCGUCAUCAGUGUCGGUAUCAUUGGGAGCUGUAUGGCUGCGAUGAAGGCUGCCUGGAGUUUAUACCUUCUUCGCCUCUUACUGGGUAUUGUCAUUGCCGGCAUGUGGCCGGGAAUGGCCUACUACCUCACUCUCUUCUAUCCUCCGUCGAGAACCGGAAAGCGCAUCGGUCAGUACUACACCGCUGCGCAAGUUUCUGCCGCUGUCGUCGGUCUGGUCUCCGCAGGUUUUCAAGAGAUGGACGGUGAUCAGGGUCUGGUCGGCUUCCAGUGGAUGUUCCUGGUUUAUGGCAUCAUCACCAUCGCUGUUGGUAUCGUCCUCCUCUGGUGGCUUCCCGAUCGACCAACUGCACCGGGCGAGGAGGCACCCACUAAGAAGUACCUGCGUUGGCUUCCACGGAGCCGUCCGGCACUGACAGGUCGCGACGCUGAAAUCCACUACCAUGAUCUGAAGCGAGUCUAUCAUCGCCCGCAAUGGACCCUUCGCGACCUCCUUCACGUCUUCAUGGACUGGCGCCUGUGGCCCCUCCUGAUCAUGUAUUUUGGGGUCGUCGGCGUUGGCAUUGGCGUCCAGAACUACAGUACCGUGAUCAUCAAAGCUAUCAACCCCAGCUUGAGCGGCAUCGACUUGAGUCUUCUCUCUGCUCCAAUCUGGAUCAUGGACUUGAUUGCCAUCCUCCUGGUCACGCCUAUGUCGGACCGCUUUCACCGCCACCGCGCCAUCUUCUUCUCGAUCCCCGUCUGUCUACAGAUCCUGGGGCUUCUUCUCACCACCUACGCUGGGACAGAGACCAACUCCUGGCCGCGCUAUGGUGGCCUCCUCAUCGUCGGCUUCGGACUCGGACCUACCGUCCCCAUUACAAUGACCUGGACGACAGAGAUCUUCCAGCCACGCCACGGUGAGGUCGGUGUCGCGGCCGCUUCCGCUGUCGUCUCCGGUCUGGGCAAUCUGGGCAGUAUCCUCACCACGUAUGCGCUCUACACCGGUUGGGCAAGCGACUACACCGCCCCGGGUCGUGAGAAGUACCGCAAGAGUAACCUCGUCAUGGUGGGGAUUCUGUGCGCAAGCAUCCUGUCUUCCGUGGUCAUGCAGCUUCUCCUACGAUUUGUCGAUGGUCGGCGCCAACACAACUCCGAAGGCGACGAUGCAAACAAGAUCAUUGACGGCGCGGCCAGACGAGAGGCGGAGCAACGUGGUCUCGACGGGCUGGGUUCGAGUAUAUUCCGCGUGCUGAGGAAGAAGUGA